AUGGAAAGAGAAGUUUGGCAAUUUGAGAAUGCCUGGGAUGCUGCUCAAGGACUCUUGAGGUUCAUUGUUGAGAAAGAUUCUGAUGUAAGUUUUGCCAACUACAGUUUGAAACAUGGACUGCAGGCAUAUUUUGUGGAUGAAGAGGGUUCUAUCAGCGAAAUCUUGAAUGUAACAGAUAUUUCUUCUAAAGUUUGGAAAACUGAAAAUGGUGGAAACACUUGGGCUGCAGGAUCUGGUGCUAAACGUUGUCCCAACCUCUUGAUUAGUUUCACCCCAGAAAGAACCAUGGAUUCGGGUUUUGAAUACUCCUAA